UCCCGCGGCCCCGCUCGCUGCGGACACCCGGGCAGGAGGUACGAGCGGACUAGAGGGGCAGGAACUAGGGGCGGCAGCACCCAGAAACCCGCGCCACAGCCCCGCGCUCAGUCCAAAGGCAGUGUCGGGUGCCGCGCCAAGAGAGUCGCCAGGGUCGGACUUCACCCCGAAAGCCGCCGCCUCCCCGCCCUUGGCUCCCGAGGACAAAGAGCACAGGAAGACCCGCACGCUGGGGGCGCUGGGGCUGGCCAUGGUCAUGGAGGUGGGCUCGCUGGACGCCGGGGACCUGCGGGCGCUGCUGCGGGAGCGCGCGGCGCAGUGCCUGCUGCUGGACUGCCGCUCCUUCUUCGCCUUCAACGCCGGCCACAUCGCCGGCUCGGUCAACGUGCGCUUCAGCACCAUCGUGCGGCGCCGCGCCAAGGGCGCCAUGGGCCUGGAGCACAUCGUGCCCAACGCCGAGCUGCGCGGCCGCCUGCUGGCCGGCGCCUACCACGCCGUGGUGCUGCUGGACGAGCGCAGCGCCGCCCUGGACGCCGCCAAGCGCGACGGCACCCUGGCCCUGGCCGCGGGCGCGCUCAGCCGCGAGGCGCGCGCCGCCGCGCAAGUCUUCUUCCUCAAAGGAGGAUAUGAAGCGUUUUCAGCUUCCUGCCCGGAGCUGUGCAGCAAACAGUCGACCCCCAUGGGCCUCAGCCUUCCCCUGAGUACUAACGUCCCUGACAGCGCCGACUCGGGGUGCAGUUCCUGCAGCACCCCACUCUACGAUCAGGGUGGCCCAGUGGAGAUCCUGCCCUUUCUGUACCUGGGCAGUGCCUAUCAUGCUUCCCGCAAGGACAUGCUGGAUGCCUUGGGCAUCACUGCCUUGAUCAACGUCUCCGCCAAUUGUCCCAACCAUUUCGAGGGUCACUACCAAUACAAAAGCAUCCCAGUGGAGGACAACCACAAGGCGGACAUCAGCUCCUGGUUCAACGAGGCCAUUGACUUCAUAGACUCCAUCAAGAACGCCGGAGGGAGGGUGUUUGUCCACUGCCAGGCGGGCAUUUCCCGCUCGGCCACCAUCUGCCUCGCGUACCUCAUGCGGACUAACCGGGUCAAGCUGGACGAGGCCUUUGAGUUUGUGAAGCAGCGGAGAAGCAUCAUCUCCCCCAACUUCAGCUUCAUGGGCCAGCUGCUGCAGUUUGAGUCCCAGGUCCUGGCCCCCCACUGCUCGGCAGAGGCGGGGAGCCCCGCCAUGUCCGUGCUGGACCGGGGCGCCUCCACCACCACCGUCUUCAACUUCCCCGUCUCCAUCCCGGUCCACUCCACGAACAGUGCGCUGAGCUACCUUCAGAGCCCCAUUACGACCUCUCCCAGCUGCUGAAAGGCCACGGGAGGCGAUCUUCACCACCCCCCGGGACUCCAGGCUCCCCCUUGAGAGAAAAUGCAGUCACUCCGGGGAGGGGCCCCUGAGGGCUGGUCCUUACUUAUUUAUUAAUUUCCCCCGAGUUCCACUGGGUUCCCAAGCAGCCACAGUGAUGGCUGAGCAUCAAGGCGUUCGCUGGACUCGGCACAUUCGGGACCAACGUCGAGUGGGUACCUCGCGUCCCCCUGACAAAGAGGGGCAGAAGGGAAAGGACUCCGCGUGUGAGCCGAUUCUUUUCGCUUGCCCCCGUUUUUCUGUACACACUUCAUGCUUGACAUACGUACCAGUGUUACCAUUCCCGACGACACAUGCAUAUGCGAAUAUACCUUAUUUAUUUUUGUGCGGGCGGCCCGCCUUCACAAAGGUCAGUGUCGCCUCCUAGAAGAACCAAAUACCUCAGUUUUUGUGUUGAGUACUGUCACGUCCUGUAAAUACAGCCUGAGCAGGUUUGUUCUCAGCACUGGCGGAAGGAGGCGCCAGUGUUGCUGUUUUUAGUUGCCAACAGUUGUCUGUUUGCUGAUUAUUUAUGACCUGAAAUAAUAUAUUUCUUCUUCUGAGAAGACAUUUUGUUACAUAAGGAUGACUUUUUUUUAUACAACAGAAUAAAUUAUGGCAUUUCUAUUGAA